UGAUAUAGAGGAGAACCAAAUGGAAAUUUUAGAAUUGCAAAAUAGAAUUACCAAAGUAAAACACUGGGGACAGAAGAAAAGAAUCUGUGAACUCAAAGACAUAAUAAGUUGAACAACAGUAAGUGGGGUCAACGCAACAGACCUUCCUUCUCCUCUUGUGUUCUGUAAAUCAUGUCUCUUGAAGCAAAGAGCAUAACACGGCUGGAGGUAAAUUUCAACAUAUAUAGAGGAAAUAUUUAAUAAAAUUGUACCGCAAGUGGAGAAGGGUGGAAGGAGCUUGAUGAAGGUAGGUUUUCUGCAGCUGUCUCCAACUGGUAGGAUGUGGACACCAUUAGUCUUUGUAGUGACAGAGUAAUUCUGUAUCAUGAUUUCAGUGGUGGUUACAGGCAGCUGUGUGGACGAUGAAAGACCACAGAACUACACGCACACGUUUGUUCCAAUGUCUGUUCACUACUUUUAAUUUUGUGCUAUAGGUACACACGAUUAGCCACUGGGAUACAGGGGUUUUCUGUUAUCUCUGCAACUUCCCAUAUGUCCACAAUUAUUUCAGAAUGAAUAGGUCAUGAUAAAAAGGGAUUGAAGGGGCAUCUUCACAAGCAACUGGGGAGCCCUUUCCAAUCUAGAGGUCAGACACGAAGGGAAGUGGGGCUCAGAGGAUGGAGGUCUCUGGACUAGAACCUUCAGUCCAGACCCUAGCCUCACCUUCAAGUGACAUCACAAAGCCUCAGACGCCCCACCCCGCACUUGGAAGUCUUAUCAAUCAAGCCAUCAUCUGAGGACUGUAUUUGUACUGGAAGCAGUUGUUCAACAUCGCUGAGCAAACUUCGUUGCCCACUCAGUUGACAUCCAAGGAAAAUGGUGCCAUGUGAGCAACAGGGUUGAAUAGAUGUACGACCAUAGCUCCACACCCAGUUCGAGGAUAUAACAGAGAGCUGCCUGGUUCUCUUGGUGUGUAGCCAUUGGGGCAGUCUGCGUAGACCACGUAACCCAGCUGUCUUCAAGAAACCUAUGUCUUCCUCACAGCUCCCAACCUUCCUAUGGGACAAGGGCACGCUCACCACCACCAUAUCUGAUCCUGCUUACCUGGUAAAGGUUCUCUUCUUCUUUGCACUCCUGAUGACGCUUGUCACUCUACUCAUCCUGGUCUGGAAAGUAACCAAGGACAAAGGCAACACGUUCAGAGGGCCAGACCCAAGAAAGGAGGAAACUCUGCUGGCAUGAACAUGGACAGCCCCUGGUGAGGACUCCAUUGAGGGGAAGACCUGGAGGCUCAGGAGGCAGGGCCAUCCGGGAGCCUUCUCAGAACCGGAGCCUGAGGAAGAAGAGCUGCUCUGUCCCCCCAGGUCCCCCCACCCCAUGCCAGAGCUUCCCCCCACCUUCCUCCUUCCUCCUCCACUUCAGCUGUAAUUCAUGCUCAUCUUGCUGUUCUCUGGCUGGUCCCCGAGGCCAGGUUUGCACGUCUUCUCUCUGUGGAUCUUCUCGACUGAAAUUAUAAAUGGCUGUUGAUUUCUGCAUUAACAGAGGAAAGAAACAAACACGUGGAGGAUGAAAAAUUGAUUACAAAGCCCAAGUUUUCGUUUCUGAAUCGGGCAUGUGUUGACUCUGGGAUAUAGAAAUCACUGGGAGCUCACAGCAUCUCCGACACAAAACGAUGCUAUACCAGCAGCUCAGUUCCAGAAGAUCCUUGACAUAGGACAGCUCACCUACCCCCAAGUUCUAGGUAAAAUACUCCCUCCUUUUCACCUAAUUCUGCAAAUAAAAAAAGUAUUGCCUCUCAAAAAGUGAUCUGAAGCAUCAAAUACUUUUCUCUCCUAUCUCCCAUCCUCCAAUUUUGUGAGUUGGCAAACUUUAAAA